CUCAGAUCUGGUUGUGUCACACUGACCCUCAGUGCUACAAAGCUUACAUGUGUUUCUCUCUGUGGAUACUACACACUGUACAGACUUGAGCAGUUUGCUGAAGAAUGCUUUUGGAUAAGUCCACCAGCAUGAGUUUGAUGGACAUCUCUAAGAUCUUUUCUCUUCUUCAACCCAAAGAGGAUGAGGAAGAAGACACAAACUGUUGCCAGGAACUGAAUCAAGCCGUCUUGAAAGAUGACGACAAACUCCUUACUGAUCUCCUGUCUCAGGAUAAGUACAGGAAAUGCAUCAACCAUCGCAGUGGCUGGGGCAUCCCGGUUACUCCACUGCGCACUGCUGCGGCUCAGGGUCACCUGCGCUGUCUCGAGGUCCUCCUGGCUCACGGGGCAGAGGUGGACGGCCUAGAUGUCAAAGCUCAGACUCCACUUUUCACGGCCGUCGCUGCCAAACACCUAGACUGUGCUGUUGCUUUAUUAGAAGCUGGUGCAAACCCUAACGGUAGCCUGCAUAACAACUGCUCCCCGGUGCUCACCGCGGCCCGAGAGGGUGACGUGGACAUCCUGAGGGAGCUUCUGCGACACGGAGCUGACGUAGACGUCAAGCCCAAAAUGCCCGACUGGGCCUCGAACGCCACGACAUGCCGAGGACCACUCUACAUUUCAGCUGUUUAUGGCCAUAUGGAUUGCUUCAAACUGUUACUGCAGCACGGAGCGAACCCAGACUACAACUGCACUGAGGAAAAGAUGCUGACCAGGAUCAAACAGCCUAAAACUGUCCUGGAGAUGUGUCUGAGAUACGGCUGUGGGAUAGAAUACAUUCAGCUGCUCAUAGACUUUGGAGCAAAUGUCUUUCUACCCACUAUAAUUAUUGACAAAACAACCAGGCAAAAUGAAGCAGUAAUGCUUCUGCUGAAAGAGAGAGGUAAGAUUGUAGCUGCUUAA